AUGGCACCCACACGCACAAAAUCCACCACGGGCCAACCCGCCCAACCCGCCCAAUCCUCUCGCAAAGGCAAAAAAGCCUGGCGCAAGAACAUCGACCUGACCACCACCGAGACCUUCCUCGAUGCCCAGUCCGACCCGCUUCGCUCCACCGCCUCUGACGUGCUCUUCGUCGAAGACCGCUCCGGUCAAGAGACGCUGCUCGCCAAACAAGCGCGCACCAAAAAGCCAUUGAAAUCGCUCGAGAUCCUCUCCAACAGCUAUGGCCACUCCGCCCUCAACCCGGUGCGCAAGUCCAAGUCUGUCGACCGCAAGACGCAGGAGCGGCUGCGCAAGAUGGUUGGUCGUCAGAAGCACACCACUCAGGGUGACGCCUCCUCCAUUGCCGCUGGGAGUGAUGAGGUGGUGAAGAAAUCCCUGGGUGGGGUGUACGACGUCUGGGGCGGUGAAGGCAAAGGCAAAGCCAAGGCGGAUUGGAUCCCCGAGACCUCUGCCAAACCCACUCCUUCCCUACCCAAGACGCUGCGUCGGGCGGACCACGAUACGGCCGCAAGCCUCCCGGCGAUUGACCUGCCUCAUCCAGGCUCGUCGUACAACCCCACACUCGAGUCGCACGAAGCCCUCAUCCAGCAGGCGUACGAGAUCGAGCGUCGACUCGAGGAGAGCGAACAGAUGGCGCAGAGCGAACGCGAGUCGUGGCAACGAAAGCUCGCCACUAUCAUCGCGCGUGAAGCGGAGCUGCGCGAACAGAAGGAUGAUGAGCUCAAACGGUAUCGUGGCAUGGAUGUUGACCUUCCCAACGCCUCCGAGGAGGAGGUAUCGGAGGGAGAGAGGGAGGAGUUGGACUCUUCAGAUGAGAAAGCCGGUAUUGAGGGAAAGCGCAAAACUCGCGCGCAGCGAGUUCGUGCCAAACGUGCUCGACAACAGCAAGCCGAAGCAGCCCGUCGAAAGCAAGCCCGCAUCGAGGCAGCAGCAAUCCUCCAAUUGCCCGCGGAGAAACGUCGUCAGGCGCGCCUGGCACUCGCCCGCUCCCAGGCCGCUUCAGCACGCCGACUGGAGAAAGAAGCCCUCCUCGCCAAACAGGGUUUGUCGGGAGUCAAGGUGGGCAAGCACAAAGUCCCACAGCAGACGAUCGAUGUUCAGACGGGCGAUCAGCUCAGUGAGAGUCUGCGCGCGCUUCAGCCCGAAGGAAAUCUCUUCAGAGACAGGUACAACAGGAUGCAGGCAAGGGGCGUGGUGGAACCCAGGGUCAAACAGGUCGCCAAGACAAGCACGAGGAGGAUCAAAGGAUACGAGACGCACGAUUAUAAGAAGUUCACUUGA